GGGCAUCCGACAGAAAUAACCCGUCCAAGGGCGAGAGACCGCCCUGGACUCAAGUCCCCUUUCAUCUGGACGGAACAACCCCCCUCCUAAAAAAAAGGGCAUCGCUGGGGAGAGCUUCAAGUCACUCUUGACUUUUCUCUUUCUCCGUUUGCCUCUCCUCUCGCUGUCCGCCCUGCUUAAACUACACUCGUUAUUGCAUGCUCAUGUACAUUCGCUACGCGUAAUUCUGCCCUUGCUUUCCCGAAGUGACCCGAUAAUCCUCGUGGUCCCUCCAGAAUAAGUGAGAGGCGCGGUAGACAACGAGGAAUCGAGAGGACGGCAAAAGCUAAAGGGGACGAUCCUCGGCCUCGUGCCUCGUGGCAUCCAGGACCCGGAAAGGUUACUACAACCCCUUCUGAAUUCCGUGUUCCCUUGCUCGGGCGGCCCGCGAGCGUCAGUCGCAGACGCUGAGAGCAUCGUCGGACUCCCGUCGGCCGGUUGACAGGGCGCCAGCUCUGGCCCUCGAUCCAACAUGGCUCUGAAUCUGCCUUCGAUGGGCGGCAGUGGAGGCGCUCACACGCAGCCGUCGCUGCCGUCGCUCCCCGCCCAUCUCCAGUCCGAUACUCACUUGACGGCACAUCUUGCUAGUCGGUUCCACGUGUCUAUCCCGACGGCCCGUUUGUCUUCGCAUGCCCUCAUCUCCCUCAACACCUACACCUCGUCGACGAAGGGUCUCGAUGGAGGGAAGGAAGGCAGCGCCAUGGCCGGCGCCGAGGACAUGGCCGACCGGGCCUUCCUCAGAUUAGGUCACCGCACAGAAAACCAGGCCAUCUUGUUCCUGGGCGAGUCCGGCUCGGGAAAGACUACCAUUCGCUCCCACCUCUUGACCGCGCUCUUGAACAAGUGUUCGACGCCGCUCUCUACCAAAGUUUCUCUUGCUGCUUACGUGUUUGAUACGCUCACGACGACCAAGACCGCGACGACUCCGACGGCAUCCAAAGCUGGUCUCUUCUACGAACUUCAGUAUGACACCGCUUCGACAACCAGUCCCGUUCUCAUCGGCGGCAAACUGCUAGAUCAUCGUCUCGAGAGGAGUAGGAUUACGGAUGUGCCUACCGGCGAGCGCAAUUUCCACAUCCUCUACUAUCUCCUCGCCGGCACUAGCGAGGCUGAGAAGGCCCAUCUGGGUAUCGACACGCCUAGAGACGCGACCGGCCAGAGGCGGUGGAAGUACCUCGGCCACCCCACCCAGCUCAAGGUCGGAAUCAACGACGCCGAGGGAUUCCAGCUCUUCAAGACGGCCCUGCGAAAAUUGGAGUUUCCGAGGAGCGAGAUCGCCGAGGUCUGCCAGAUCCUGGCUUGUAUCUUGCAUAUCGGCCAGCUAGAAUUCGAGACCACCUCCAGCACCACUGCUACGGCCGACGACAGCGGCGGGUUCUCGCACGAAGGCGGUCAAAACAUCACGGCCGCACGGAACAAGGAUGUGCUGGGUAUCAUUGCCGCCUUCCUCGGGGUCGGCUCGCAGGAGCUGCAGACUACCAUGGGAUACAAGACGAAAAUGAUUCAUCGCGAACGUGUGACGGUCAUGUUGGACCCUAAGGGUGCGCGAGCCAACGCCGAUGAACUGGCCAGGACUCUCUAUUCUCUCCUGGUUGCCUACGUCAUCGAAAACACCAACCAGAAGAUCUGUGCUCCGGAGGAGUCUAUCGCCAACACCAUCAGCAUCAUCGAUUUCCCCGGGUUUUCCCAGCAGUCCUCGACUGGGUCCGCCCUCGACCAGCUCCUCAACAAUGCUGCUGUCGAAUCUCUCUACAACUUGACCCUCCAGAACUUCUUCGACCGAACAGCUGACAUGCUAGAUACCGAAGAGGUCACCGUCCCCGCCACUAGUUACUUCGACAACUCCGACGCCGUCAAAGGCAUGCUUAAGCCCGGGAACGGUCUACUCAGCAUCUUGGACGACCAGACUCGGCGGCACCGGACCGACAUGCAGUUCCUCGAGAGUUUAAGGAAGCGUUUCGAGGGCAAGAACCCAGCCAUCAACGUCGGCUCGGCGACGGCUAGAUUGCCGGGAAGCAACUUCUUGUCGGAGAACACGGCGGCAACCUUUUCGGUUAAACACUUCGCCGGUGAGGUCGAAUACCCCAUCAAAGGGCUCGUCGAGGAGAACGGGGAAGUCAUCUCGAGCGACGUGAUGAACCUCAUCAAAUCGAGCAAGAGCGAGUUUGUUGCUCGCCUCUUCGGCCAAGAAGCCCUCCAGACAGUCAUGCACCCGCAAGAAAGGACCACGGUCAUGCAGGCGUCCGUCAGCUCCAAGCCUAUGCGAGCACCUAGCGUCAUGUCGAGGAAGACGACGCGAACGAUGGGGUCCCGGCGACCGCGGCGGCAAGAGUCCAUCGACGAAUUCGGCGAGGCUACCGACCGUCGGGGAGAGAGUCGCGCAAAGGGAGACGGGGCAAAGAAAUCGAUCAUACACUCCGAACAGGGCGCAUCUGGCCAGUUCUUGUCGUCGCUGGAGAAUAUGAAUCAGGCCAUCACGGCGCCGAAUACCAACACCUAUUUCGUGUUCUGCCUCAAACCCAACGACAGGCGAAUUGCGAACCAGUUCGACAGCAAGUGCGUCCGUACGCAAGUGCAGACAUUUGGUAUCGCCGAGAUAAGCCAGCGGCUGAGGUCGGCCGACUUCAGCCUGUUCCUGCCGUUCGGCGAGUUCCUCGGCCUCAGCGACGCCGAGACUAUCCUCGUCGGAAGCGAGCGGGAGAAGGUCCAGGCCGUCGUACAGAAUAAGCAAUGGCCGAGCAACGAGGUGCAGGUCGGCUCUACCGGUGUGUUCCUCAGCGAGCGGUCCUGGAUGGAAAUAGCCCAGUUGGGUGAAGGCGCUUCGGGAUCUAACAGGUUCGCGUCCGACGCCGGCGAUGGACUUAGUCCCGGCGACUUGCCGUUCGGUGCGUCGAAGGAGCGGCUGGUGGCUGGCGGUGUUCCGCAGUACAGCGAUAAGCCCCGAGGCGGAUACUUGGGAGACGACGCCCGAUCCGAAGCCGGCGCUUCGGCCUUCGGAGGUGGUGACAUGUUUAAGAACCUGGACACACGAGAACAGAUGGCCGAGCGCGGAAACGAGAAGGCACUGGUUGAAGUCGAAGAGUACAAAGAUAGUCCCAGCCGGAAGCGGUGGAUUUUCGUCGUCUACGCGCUGACCUGGUUCGUCCCCGACUUCUUGAUCCGCUGGCUAGGCCGGAUGCCCCGCAAGGAUGUCCGCAUGGCCUGGCGUGAGAAGCUCGCAAUCAACAUCAUGAUCUGGCUCAGCUGUCUCAUUUCGGUGUUUUUCAUCAUCGUCUUCCCGAUGCUCAUCUGCCCGAGACAACAUGUCUUCAGUGCGGAAGAACUCUCCUCCCACGACGGCAAGGACGGCAAUGACGCGUACGCCUCGAUUCGUGGCCAGGUCAUCGAUAUUGGCUCAUAUGCCCCCGUUCACUACCCGCGCUCCGUGUCCAUCAAGACGUUGACGCAGUACGCUGGUAUGGACAUCACAUCUCUCUUCCCCAUCCAGGUCUCGGCUCUAUGUCGGGGCAAAGACGGAACGGUUAACCCCGCCGUCACGUUGGACUACAAGUCGACGAACAUCACCGGUUCGGCCAACGUCAUCAACAGCCAGGAUCUCAAUGCGCACUAUCACGACUUCCGUUCCUUCACGUCUCUACCCCAACCAUUCUGGUUUUACGAGAAGAUGCAGGAACUGAAACCCUUCAAGAAAGGUACCAUCGGGUACUCGGCGGAGUAUGUGGCCACGCUUGGGAGUAAGCAGAACACGAUCGCUAUUCUCAAUGAACGCGUAUACGACUUGACCAAGUACCUCGUCGGCGGUCGACACGUGGUGGUGAAGGAGGGCGAAGAGCUCCCCACCGACCCCACCAUUGUCGACUUCAUGGACGAGCUCGUCGUGGAUCUCUUCCAGCAGAAGGCCGGCUCUGACAUAACGCAGCUCUGGUACGCCCUUGACAUCGACGCCGGCAUGCGCGAGCGCAUGCAGUUGUGUCUCGACAACCUGUUCUACAUCGGUGAUCUCGAUACCCGAAAUUCGACGAAAUGCCAGUUCUCGCAGUAUCUCAUUCUCGCCGUGUCCAUCUUGCUCUGCUCCAUCAUCGGGUUCAAGUUUUUGGCUGCCCUCCAAUUCGGAGGGAAGAACAUGCCAGAGAAUUUAGAUAAAUUCAUCAUGUGCCAGAUCCCCGCCUAUACCGAAGACGAGGACUCGCUACGCCGGGCUAUCGAUUCGGCCGCCCGCAUGCGGUACGACGACAAGCGCAAGUUGCUCGUCAUUAUCUGUGACGGCAUGAUUAUCGGCCAGGGCAACGAUAGACCCACGCCUCGCAUCGUGCUCGAUAUUCUCGGCGUAUCCGAGACGGUAGACCCGGAACCUCUGAGCUUCGAAUCCCUCGGUGAAGGUCUCAAGCAACACAACAUGGGUAAGGUCUACUCUGGUCUCUACGAAGUUCAAGGUCACAUCGUUCCCUUCCUGGUCGUUGUCAAGGUCGGCAAACCCUCGGAGGUCUCUCGUCCCGGAAACCGCGGCAAGCGAGAUUCCCAGAUGGUCAUGAUGCGUUUCCUUAACCGGGUUCACUAUAACAUACCCAUGAGCCCGCUGGAGCUAGAGAUGUAUCACCAGAUUCGGAACAUUAUCGGAGUGAACCCUACGUUCUACGAGUUCAUGCUCCAGAUCGACGCCGAUACGGUGGUUGCACCCGAUUCGGCUACACGCAUGGUUUCCUCCUUCCUGGACGACACGCGACUCAUCGCCGUCUGCGGUGAAACCGCCCUCACCAACGCCAAGGCCUCGUUCAUCACGAUGAUCCAGGUGUAUGAGUACUACAUCUCGCAUAACUUGGUCAAAGCCUUCGAAAGCUUGUUCGGCAGCGUCACCUGUUUGCCCGGUUGUUUCUCCAUGUAUCGUAUUCGCGCUGCCGAAACUGGUAAGCCCCUCUUCGUCAGCCGCGAAGUCGUCGACAGCUAUGCGACAAUCCGUGUCGAUACCCUGCAUAUGAAGAAUCUGCUUCACCUCGGUGAAGAUCGCUAUCUCACGACCCUCCUCCUCAAGUAUCACUCCAGCUACAAGACCAAGUACAUCUUCAGCGCCCACGCGUGGACCAUCGCUCCGGACUCCUGGCAGGUGUUCCUUUCGCAGCGUCGCCGCUGGAUCAACUCGACAGUACACAACUUGGUGGAGCUCAUGCCUAUGGCCCAACUGUGCGGUUUCUGCUGCUUCAGCAUGCGGUUCGUCGUAUUUGUUGACCUGCUGUCGACGGUCGUCCAACCCGUGGUUAUAGCGUACAUCAUCUACCUAAUCGUACUGGUCACGACGCAGACGAGCGUCAUACCCGUGACGGCCUUCAUCAUGCUUGGUGCCAUCUACGGUCUCCAGGCUAUCAUUUUCAUCCUGCGCCGCAAGUGGGAGAUGAUCGGCUGGAUGAUCAUGUACGUGUUGGCCAUCCCCGUAUUUUCGUUUGGUCUUCCUCUGUAUGCUUUCUGGCACAUGGACGACUUCAACUGGGGUAACACCCGUGUGGUUGCUGGUGAGCAGGGCAAGAAGAUCGUCAUCACGGACGAGGGUAAAUUCGACCCCGCCUCGAUCCCGCGCAAGAAGUGGGAGGAAUACCAAGCCGAGCUGUGGGAUGCUCAGACCUCCCGGGACGACUCCCGUUCCGAAGUGAGCGGGUUCAGCUAUGCCACCAAGCAGGGUAUGAACAUCGGCAUGGGCGAGUACGGCUACGCGCCCUCACAUCCCGGGUCUACCGUCGGAAUGAUCCCGCCCUACGACAUCAAGAAUGCCGGCCACCUGAGCCGCAUGUCGUUCGCUCCCGCCGAUAACCGGAUGAGCCAAUUUGGCGGUUCGCAGUUCUUGGGCAGCCAACCGCACGAAGUUGAGAUGUCCAAUCUUGCAGGCAUGCCAAGUGACGAUGCCCUGCUGGCCGAGAUCCGCGAGAUUCUCCGGACAGCCGAUCUGAUGACCGUUACCAAGAAGGGCAUCAAGCAGGAGCUAGAGAGACGGUUUAACGUGCCUCUCGAUUCCCGACGGUUAUACAUCAACAGUGCAACCGAGGCGCUACUCUCCGGUCAGUUAUAACGGAAACAAGGCCAAGCUGUGUCUCAAACGUCAUGAUCCAUCCCUCCCAGUCAUAUUUCUGCAUAUAUUCGGAUGGUCACGUUUCCACUAGGUAUAUAUAUACAUUUAUAUAAUGUCGCAUGGAGAGUAUUCUAAGGGGAGAUAUACUCACCCAGGCCAGAAGGUUGGACAGGAAGCAUUGUAUAAUGGAAUUGAAUAAAAGUAGAGGGGAGGGAGAGAGAAGAGUUAUCUGGGAUAUCCAUACGAAGCGGCGCCGACAUUUUCUGACGCAUACGCAUAAUAAUGAGUGGUUAAUCUUGGGUCAUCUCCAUAAGCCUCCAUGAUGCUUGUAUUUAGCGGGUCCGGUCAAUUUUUAUGUAGGUAGGGAAGAGAAAUGGAAAUAGUUGCCAGUGUAUUGGAAAGGCGUCAUGCUCGUCUUAUUGCGUGUGCUCCUUUUUUUUUCCUUUUCUUGUUUGCUGUCGCCAGGUCUAGAUAUAUCUAUACUUAUCCACCUUCGGUCCUCA